AUGGCUCACACGAACGGACUGUCAAAUACCAAUGAGGCUGACAACCAUACACGGCUCGGCGCCCUAGAGAAGAGCACAAACGGAGGCGGCGGCCAUGUUGGAUCGCUCAUCGCGGAGAGACCGGUCGACAGUGCCAGGCCCCUCAAGGUGCGCAUCGCCGGCGCGGGCGUCUCUGGCAUCAUCGCGGCCAUCAAGCUCCAGCAAAUGGUGCGAGACGUGGAUAUUGAACUGUACGACAAGAAUGAAGAUGUCGGCGGCACAUGGGUCGAGAAUCGCUAUCCCGGUUGCGCGUGCGACAUCCCCGCCCACACGUACCAGCUGUCCUGGGAGUCCAAUGUGGAAUGGUCGCAGUUCUACGCCUCCCAGGCCGAGAUUCUCAAAUACUGGCAGCGUGUCGCCGAGAAGUACAAUCUCCGCCGGUUGAUCAAGUUUUCCCACCGAGUCAUCGAAGGCCGCUGGCACGAAGAUGGAGCCAGAUGGGAGUUGAAGGUGGAGGAUCUUUCCAACGGAGGAUCCAUCAUCACAGAAUCAUGCGACGUCUUCAUCACGGCCACGGGGAUCUUGAAUCAAUGGGAGUGGCCUUCAAUCCCGGGCUUGCACAGCUUUGAAGGCAAGCUGAUGCACAGCGCGGCCUGGGAUGAGAGCUUCGACUUCAAGGACAAAAGCAUUGCCGUCAUCGGCGCCGGAUCGUCCGGCAUCCAGAUUGUCCCUAGCCUUCAGCCCGUGGUGAAACAUUUGGAUCACUAUGUCCGAGGCAAGACAUGGAUUGCCACGCCCAUGGCGGCGCAGGAGCUCGAGAAGAGAGGCGCACAGGGCAGCAGCAACUUCUCGUACAGCCCGGACGAGAUCGCCGCCUGGAAAAGCGAUCCGGCAUCGUACCUCGCGUACCGAAAACAGGUCGAGACCACGGUGCAAAGCGACCACGAGAUCACCCUGCGAGGCAGUCAGAUGCAGAAGAUGGCCCGCGGCUACUUCGAAUCGCUGAUGACCCAGCGUCUGGCCAAGAAGCCCGAGAUCCUCCAGCACAUCCUGCCGGCGUUUUCGCCGCUGUGUAAACGACUCACGCCCGGCCCGGGAUACCUCGAGGCCCUGACGGAAGACAACGUGGCCGUCAUCCCCACCAAGAUCGAGCAGGUCACCCGGACGGGCAUUAUGACCGUCGACGGCCAGCACCGCGCGGUGGACGCCAUUGUCUGCGCCACGGGCUUCAACACCCACUUCACCAACCGUUUCCCGAUCUACGGUCUCGACGGUGAAGUCCUGUUCGAGCGCGCCGACGGGCGGCCCAAGACAUCCACCUAUCUUUCCAUGAUGGUCGACACGCACCCGAAUUUCUUCAUGCUGCUGGGGCCCAACUCGGGCGUCGGCGCGGGCAACUUGCUCAUCAUCAUCGAACGGCUGGUCGACUAUUGCGCCAAGAUGCUCGCCAAGUUACAGACCGAGCACAUCCGCACCGUCCGACCUCGCCAGAGUCAAGUGGACGGCUUCACGCGCUUCACGGACGAAUUCCACCGGCGGACCGUCUACAGCGAGGAAUGUUCGUCGUGGUACAAGACCGAGGGACGAGUGACUGCUCUGUGGCCGGGCUCGAGCUUGCACGCCAUCAAGGCCCUGGAGAGUCCGCGGUGGGAGGACUUUGACUACGCAUACGUCGACGACAAGCCGAUGGGGUGGCUGGGAAACGGCUCUGCAGUGGCUGACCAUGAUCGGAACGCAGACAAGGCAUACUAUCUGACGUCGACAAUGUUACUGUCGUGA